GGCCUUAGCAGUUCCAGUUCUUCCAGUGAAGAAAGUGAUGACGAAUGUGCCGGUUGCACAGAUGAAGGCGUUGAAAACGAUCCACGCUGCUCACGAUGUCGGAACUCUUCUGAUAGAGGCAAGCUGAUAAAAUGCGUCGGAAACGAAUGCAAUGCAAAACCACCAUCUAUUCCAUCAGAAGCUCAACCACCAGCACCAGAGAGCAGUUCAAGAUGCUGUAUCAAUGGUAAUAACUGUUUCUUCUGCUUCUUAGCCUGCAAUCUACGAAAUUCUUGCCCUCCGGGUCCACCUGGACCGAAAGGUACCCCUGGUUUACCAGGCGAAAAUGGCGAACCAGGCAUUGAUGGCAAUCCUGGAAAGAGCGCUGCGGAUAUUAUGCCUGAGAAGCAACAAAUGGUUAUGUGUUUCCAAUGUCCACCGGGUGCUCCAGGAGCUGCUGGUCUUCCAGGUCCAAGAGGUAUGCCAGGUCUAAAUGGGAUGACAGGGUCUUGCGGACGCGACGGUAACCCAGGUUUACCUGGCGAGAUGGGAUUCCCAGGAACUCCAGGUCCACAAGGUAUGCCAGGUCCUGAAGGCGAGAAGGGUAUUGAUGCUACCAAGACUGUUGGUCCACCAGGGCCAAAAGGACCUCGAGGUGUACGAGGUCCAGUUGGUCCUCGCGGUGACCGCGGCAGUCGUGGUCCUCCUGGUCCUCCAGGGCCAGAAGGUAAGCAAGGUAACGCUGGAGUGAAAGGUGGCCGUGGUUCUUCUGGUGGAGUGGGCGACCCUGGAGCAGCAGGUUUACCAGGAAAAGACGCUGAGUAUUGUCCUUGUCCACCUCGCGGACAGGAAGCUGCGGUAGUUGGUAGUGCACCGCCUCCAGGAAUACGCCGACGAAACACAAAGCCUUGAAG